AUGCAAAACGGCAGCCCAGAUGGCCCAUCACGCAACGAUGAAAGCUUAUCCCCUGUACCAACUUCUCCGCCUUUCGAAGAGUCCGUUUUGGGAAAUCCGCCUGAUUCUGUCCCCUCCGAGCUGGACCCUGGCUCGCCGAUUGACGACGAAGCUAUUCAACAGCUAGAUGAACCUCCAUCAAAGAAACGAAGAUUGACCGAAACCACCCCGUCGCGUCGAUCAACUCCCCGUCCGCCUUCGCCGCCAUGGAAAAAAGUGGGUGUCGAGGGGCCAACCUCAUUUGUGGUGGAGGGCCGACGCCGGUCGUCGCGUACGAACGCUGUCCCUCUGGAACAGCAGCCUCAAUCCGCCAAACGCCAAACGCGAGCCGCACAGCAAGUCUACGUGAACAAGAACACUCGUAAGGGCAGUGCGACGAAGCCUGUUACAUCGUCACCUUUGGCUGUGGCCCAGCCGCGCGCCGAAGCCAAUGGAAAGCAAGGUGGCAGGGUUGCUGCUAAUGGAUCACCACGGACGAAUCCAUCGAAAAAUGUGAAUGGUAAGCAGUUGCAAGGAACACAGUCACCGGCUACAAAGUCAAAUAAAACGCGCGCGCGGGCCUCUAUUCCAACCCAUACCCCUCGCACAGGCGCAAACGGCGCGUCUCCUCGUCAUCUACGCGACCGCAGCUCCCUUGCAAACCCGUCUCCCGUCCCAAGCAGCGAUUUGCACGAUGCCGACAUAGAUCAAGAAUUUGAUACAGGGUCCCGGAUCUUACCUCGUAUUCGAAUUAAAGUCAAGAAACCAUCCCUGCCAGUUCGUCAUCCUGGCCAUAUCCCCGCCAAAAAGUUCGCGUCCUUUAAGGAAUGGAUCAAUCAGGAGGAUGCUCCAAAUAUUCUUUCAUCGGAAGAGGCUACAGAAGAAGCGAAGAGGCGUAUCGAGGUUCUGGAUGCUGCUGAGCCUGGUGGUCCUUUGAGUUCAGAGGUCUGCUCUGCAUACAUUACAGAACAACAAGAUGAACCUCCGCCACAGUUCUCACAUCAAGAUCACCUUGUUGCGCAUGCCUUAUAUUUCCAGAAGCUUAUGGACAAGGAGCACAAACGGCAUCGGCAAAUGGCAAAACUUUUUGCCCAAUGGUGCGCUGACGCUUACAGGAAAAGGCAUAAGAACCCCGAGGAUAUUCUUCGCGAGCAACAAGAAGAAAUUCGCGGGAAGCGCAAGCAGCUUGCCAAGGAUCUUCAGAAGAUGUUCGACUUGGCCCGCGCAGAAGUUGACCGCGUACGUCUCGCCCGCUGGGAAGAAGAGCGCAAGGUACUAGACCAGCAAGCAUUGGAUCGUGCUAUCAAGAAAUCGACGAUGCUUUUCGAGAAGCGUCGCGCUGAGAUUCUUGGCGAGGGCGCUAGUGAUGCGCCUGCCACCAGCGAUGAUGAGGUAGAGACCGACGAUUCGUCCAACUCUGAUGCAGCCGACAAUGAAAGCAACAUGUCCACCUCGGAAUCUGAGACCGAUGACGAGGCUAAUCUGGAUGAUGACGCGAAUCUUACAGCCGAGGAACUACGCUUGAAGUAUGCCAAUUUGCCAGCCGAAGAGACACAAGAUCAAAUGUCUAUCGUUUCUGUCUCUGGUGUCGAUAGCGAGGCUCCUCCGGAUGGGACCGAUUCUCAAGCUGUUCUAGGUGAUACGCAGCUAGAUGACGUUGACUCGGUAUUAAUGGAUGGCAGCGAUGAAUCCACUGACAUGGAUGAUGAUGACAUGAGCGAUAGUGAUGAAGGUGACUUUGGCGACGCAGAAGGAUCGGAAGAAGAAUCAGAUGACAGUGAAGCCCCAUCUGGUCUUCUUGGUUUUUUCUCGCGAAACUCAAGGGUUCAAGCUAAAGAAGGCGGCGAGCCUAAUUUGGAAGCUGUUGACGAUGAGGAUGAUGAGAAUGAUGAUGAAUUCACCCCGAAAGCCGCAGAAGUUGCAGAGAGCGAGAUGGCCGAAGACGAUGAGGACAUCGAUGAGGUUUCUUUAGUUCCUGGUGGAUUUGAUGCUAGUGAAGAUGUAUCAGAUGCAGUAACACCCUCUGCGAUCGUGGAAGCCUCUAUUGGUACCCCUGCCGAGGCAGAGGGCACCUCUAUGGUUGAUACUCCCAUGGAAGAUCAAGAAGUGGAGGAGAUGUCUAGCGAAGCCUCGCCUGGGACAUUUGCAACAAAGCCAUCGGAACCAGAGUCUGUCUCUUCAUAUGAACCCGUUGCAGAGCCGACUGCCGACACCGCGACGGAGAAGGCCCUACAGACGAAUAAUAUCCCAGCCUCUGGCCUCAAGACUCCCAUACCCCAUCUGUUACGCGGCACUUUGCGUGAGUACCAACAUUAUGGCUUGGACUGGCUCGCGGGCUUGUACAAUAAUCAUAUCAAUGGCAUUUUGGCAGACGAGAUGGGUCUCGGUAAGACCAUUCAAACUAUUGCUUUACUUGCUCAUCUUGCUGUGGAGCAUGGCGUCUGGGGCCCCCAUCUCGUGAUUGUCCCGACCAGUGUCAUGCUGAAUUGGGAAAUGGAGUUCAAGAAGUGGUGUCCUGGUUUCAAGAUCAUGACCUACUACGGAAAUCAAGAGGAGCGCAAAAACAAACGCCGAGGCUGGACCGACGACAACUCAUGGAACGUGUUAAUUACCUCGUACCAACUUAUCUUGCAAGACCAAACAUCUCUUAAGCGGAGAAACUGGCACUACAUGAUCCUGGACGAGGCUCAUAACAUCAAAAACUUCCGGUCACAAAGGUGGCAGGCUCUUCUGACAUUCCGCACUCGCGCCCGACUUCUUCUGACGGGAACACCGCUCCAGAAUAAUCUGACCGAGUUGUGGUCCCUUCUGUUCUUCCUGAUGCCUUCUGAUGGCGAUGGUACUGGUGUUGAAGGCUUUGCUGACCUGAAGGACUUUUCUGAAUGGUUCCGGCGACCCGUUGAACAGAUCCUCGAGCAUGGAAGAGAGACGAUGGAUGACGAAAUGAAAAAAGUCGUCACGAAACUCCAUACUGUCCUCCGUCCAUAUCUUUUACGUCGCUUAAAAGCAGAUGUCGAGAAGCAAAUGCCUGGCAAGUAUGAGCAUGUUGUCUACUGCCGCCUCUCGAAACGUCAGCGUUUCCUCUACGAUGGCUUCAUGUCGAUGGCCCAAACGAAAGAAACUUUAGCAUCAGGCAACUUCCUCUCAAUCAUUCAUUGUCUCAUGCAACUUCGCAAGGUCUGCAACCACCCCGAUCUUUUUGAAACGAGACCCAUCUCCACCUCUUUCGCUAUGCCACGUUCGGUCGCUACGGAGUACAAUGUGAAGGAAAGUCUCGUCCGGCGAAGACUGCUAUUUGACCACCCCCUCACCAAAGUCGACUUGGACUUCCUGAAUCUGGCCCCCGUGUCCCGAGAGGAUAUCUCGCGACGCCUCGCCGAUGACAGCAUUCGACUCAUGGCAUUUGGCCCCUUCAAGACCCUGCGGGAGCGGCAAUACAACCGAACGAACUGGAAAAUGGACUUUGACGGUUCCACCAUGGGCACAGUCCUAGAAUCGUUAGAGAAUGCCUGCCGCAAGAGAAGAAUGGCCGAGCUGGAACGGUGCCUCUACUUUGAAUCCAAACGUCACGGUCGCCGUCCCAUCUACGGAAGUAGUUUGUUUGAUUUCGUGCGGGCGGGUACUAAAGAGCAUGCCCUCUCUAACGCUCCAUUGCGAAAGAACAAGAUGGCUGAAUGGCUUUCCAGUCGAUCCUCCGUCCUGGCGUCCAUGAUCCUUACCCUCGAAGAGCGAUCUCUCGAAAUGGAUGGUUACGUCCAGAGGUUUGCCUGUGUGACUCCUGCAGUUGUAGCGUCUGGAAUGACGGAGGCUGCGUUGACACCCGUGGAAACCAGACUCCUGACCAACACCGCGAAGGAGCAACCCUAUGAUCCAUUCCACGAAGCGCGAAUGCGGCUGUCCAUUGCCUUCCCCGACAAGCGACUCCUCCAGUACGAUUGUGGUAAACUACAACGGCUCGACAAGCUGCUUCGUGAUUUGAAAGCGGGCGGGCAUCGCGCAUUGAUUUUUACCCAGAUGACAAAAAUGCUGGAUAUUCUAGAGCAAUUCCUCAACAUCCACGGGCACCGCUACCUACGCCUUGACGGAACCACCAAGGUGGAGGCGCGACAGAUGCUCACGGAGCGAUUCAACAGUGACCCCCGCAUUCUAGCCUUCAUUCUCUCGAGUCGAUCGGGUGGUCUGGGUAUCAAUUUGACGGGUGCGGACACGGUCAUUUUCUACGAUCUGGACUGGAACCCGGCCAUGGACAAGCAAUGCCAGGAUCGUUGUCAUCGAAUUGGCCAAACGCGAGAUGUCCACAUCUACCGAUUCGUAUCCGAAUAUACGAUCGAAUCUAAUAUUCUCCGCAAGGCCAAUCAGAAACGAAUGCUCGACGACGUGAUCAUCCAGGAGGGAGAAUUCACCACCGAUUACUUCACCAAACUUGAGGAUCCCGCCGAGCCAGACGAGCGCGACGGGCAUGACGAGGCCAGCGCAGCCAUGGAUCGCGUCCUAGGCAAUCGUGUGGCAAGCGGGUCCCGAGCGUUCGAACAGGCCGAGGACAAGGAGGACAUUGACGCGGCCAAAAAUGCACAGAAGGAGCUCGAACAUGCCGAUGAUGGGGACUUUGAAGAUCGCACGUCGCAUGGCACUCCUGCUCAAGCAGGGACUCCCCUAGACGGCGAUGAAUCAAAAACUCAGUCUGCGGGUAUAGAGACCGCUGAGCCGCAGCCCGGGGAUAUUGACGACUACCUGCUUCGAUUCAUGGAGUGGAACCUACGCGGUGAGCCCUUGGUGCUUCCUCCGGACAAGAGGAAAAAGAGGUCCAAGAAAGGAAAGGAGCAUCAUCUCAAACGCCGCCGUUGA